GGCUAUAUACCCUGGAGCAGGAGUUAAAGGCCAUUGGGAGCCAGCUUUAGAAAUUGAACUCAGGUCCCCUGAAAGAAAAGCAAGUGAUCUUAACUGCUGAGCUAUCUCUCUAGCCUGCUUCUUUUUCUUUUUCUUUUUGUUAAAUAGGUAAAAGACACGGUUUGAAAGUCAAAACUAUAUCAAUUCACAAAAGUCUUAUAUUUCCACUUCAUAGCUAAACAUUAUUAUUUAAUUUCUUGGUUAUCUCUUCUGUGUUUCUUUCCAAAACAGGCAAUUUAUUUAUAUUUCAAUUUCAUUUUUUCUAAUAUAAAUAGUAGGAGGAAACAUUUUCUAUAAAAUAUAAAUAUCUUUUUUUAGAAUUAAAUAUAAAAUUAUUUUAUACUCUACUUUUUAAAGUUACCAACGUAACCUGAGUAUGUUAUCAGACUUCUCUUUCAUGCUUUCUCUUCUUUGGCCCUAACCUGCCCCUCUUCUCCUUCCUUCCACCUCACUGCGUAAUGUUGGUACAAAGGCUUACUUGCCUAGUCUCAUAAAUGGACACGUACCUUUGCAAGUAAUAUUCGUUAUGAAUGUAUAGUGAGAGAAUGGAGAGGCGUAUCAUUCAGCAGCACACAGACUUUCUGCCUUAGAGGACCCAGGUUUUGUUCUUGGUACCCACAACUACCUACAACUCGAGUUUCAGAGGAUCUGACACCCUUUUCUCACCUUAGGGUCCUCAAUGUACAUAGUGUGCAUAAACUGAUACAGGCACGUGAGCGCAUGCACACAUACACACACACACACACACACACACACACACACACACACACACACACACACAGGAAAAUAAUAAAUAGGUCUGAAAAGAAAGGAAACAUGGUGAACGACCUUAGGAAUAUGUGGUACAUAGUAUAGUUUUGGAAGUGUGUGUUCAGAGUAAGUUUGUAGAUGUGAGCUCGCUUAUGGGUUCAAGGAUUGAUGUACUUUUGUUAGCAAAAGGUUCUCAGGUCCCUGGGAACAAGUACAAAGGCUCCAAGAGAGGCUUGGAGAUACAUGUGGAAGCAGAAACAGCAAGGAGGCCCCACGAUACUGGUCUGGAGCUGAGGAGAAGGUGGUCUGCUGUCUGUGUUGUCAGGCUGUUAGGUGAGUGGAAGAGACAUUAUGUUCACUGCAGUCAGGUGUGUGGAGGAGUGGGGGACUGAAGGGGAGCAGGCCUCACUCCCAGCUCCUGAGCCUUGUAGAUAAGAACUGAGAGGUAAAGGCAGAUGGUGUUUCUUUGGUAGAUGGUGCUCAGGAUGGGACAUUGAUGAUUAGGAACCAGAAGGAAUUUGCAAACAGGUAAUUAAAUGGAGUCUUCUCAUAGGAGCUCUUAGAUUCUAACUAGAUAUUUUAACUUAAUAGUGGAGUGUCACUAUACAUUUUUGAAGCAAAUGAUACAGUUUUAUUUUCAUAUUUUAUUGUUUUUUUAAUUUUAUUUUUCUUGGAUAUUUUAUGUAUUUACAUUUCAAAGUUAUCUCCUUUUCCCCUCUCCCAUAUCCCCUACCCCCACCCCUGCUUCUAUGAGGAUGCUCCCACCCACCUACUUCAACCUCAAUGCCCUGGCAUUACCCUACAUUGGGAAAAUGAACCUUCACAGGACCAAGGACUUUUCCUCCUAUUAAUGCUGGACAAUGCUGUCCUCUGCUACAUACGUGGCUGUAGCCAUGGGUCCCUCCAUGUGUACUCAUUGGUUAGUGGUUUAGUCCCUGGAAGCUCUGGUGGGGUCUGGUUUGUUGAUACUGUUGUUUUUCCUAUGAUGUUGCAACCCCCAUCAGCUCCUUCAUUCUUUUCUCUAAUUUCUCCAUUUGGGUCCCCUUGUUCAGUCCAAUGGUUAGCUGCAACCAUUCUCAUCUGUAUCAGUAGGGCUCUGGCAGAGCCUCUCAGGAGACACCCAUAUCUUGCUCCUGUCAGCAAGCACUUCUUGGCAUCAGCAAUAGUGACUGGGUUUGGCUGCAUGUGGGAUGGAUCCCCAGGUGGAGUAGUCUCUGGAUGGCCUUUUCUUCAGUCUCUGAUUUACUCUUUGUCCCUGUAUUUCCUCCUGUGAGUAUUUUGUUCUCCUAAGAAGGACUGAAGCAUUUACACUUUGGUCAUCUUCUUUUUGAGCUUCAUAUGGUCUGUGAGUUGUAUCUUGGGUAUUCCAAGCUUUUGGGCUAAUAUCUACUUAUCAGUGAGUACAUACCAUGUUUGUUCUUUUGUGAGGUUACCUCAUUCAAGAGGAUAUUUUCUAGUUCUAUCCAUUCGCCUAUGAAUUUUAUGUAGUCAUUGUUUUUAAAUAGCUGAGUAGUACUCCAUUGUGUAAAUGUACCACAUUUUCUAUAUCCAUUCCUCUGUUGAAGGACAUCUGGGUUCUUUCCAGCUUCUGGCUAUAACGCUGCUAUGAACAUAGUGGAGCAUGUGUUCUUAUUAUAUGUUGGAGCAUCUUUUGAGUGUAUGUCCAGGAGUGGUAUAGCUGGGUCCUCAGGAAGUACUAUGUCCAAUUUUCUGAGGAACCAUCAGACUGAUUUCCAGAGUGAUUGUACCAGCUUGCAAUCCCACCAACAGUGGAGUGUUCCUCAUUCUUCACAUCCUCACCAGCACCUACAGUCACCUGAGUUUUUUCUUAGCCAUUCUGACUGGUGUGAGGUGGUAUCUCAGUAUUGUUUUGAUUUGCAUUUCCCUGAUCACUAAGGAUGUUGAACAUUUCUUUAGGUGCUUCUCAGCCAUUCAGUAUUCCUCAGUUGAGCAUUCUUUGUUUAGCUCUGUACCCCAUUUUUAAAUAAGAUUAUUUGAUUCUCUGGAGUCUAACUUUUUGAGUUCUUUGUAUAUAUUGUAUAUUAGCCCUCUGUCGGGUGUAGGGUUGGUAAAGACCUUUUCCCAUCUGUUGGUCGCUGUUUUGUCCUAUUGACAGUGUCCUUUGCCUUACAGAAGCUUUGCAAUUUUAUGAGGUCCCAUUUGUCAAUUCUUGAUCUUAAAGCAUAAGCCAUUGGUGUUCUGUUCAGGAAAAUUUCCCCUGUGCCUAUGUAUUUGGGGCUCUUCCCCACUUUCUCUUCUAUUAGUUUCAGUGUAUCUGGUUUUAUGUAGAGGUCUUUGAUCCACUCUGACUUGAGCUUUGUACAAGAAGAUAAGAGUGGGUCAAUUUGUAUUUUUCUACAUGCUGACCACCAGUUAUCCCAGCACCAUUUGUUGAAACUGCUGUCUUUUUUCAGUUGGAUAGUUUUAGCUCCUUUGUCAAAGAUCAAGUGACUGUAGGUUCAUUUCUGGGUCUUCAAUUCUAUGCUAUUGAGCUACCUGCCUGUCUCUGUACCAAUACCAUACAGUUUUUAUCACUAUUGCUCUAAUAAAGCUUGGGGUCAGGGAUGGUGAUUCCCCCAGUUCUUUUAUUAUUGAGAAUAGUUUUCGCUAUCCUGGGUUUUUUGUUAUUCCAAAUGAAUUUGCGAAUUGCUCUUUCUAACUCUAUGAGGAAUUGAGUUGGAAUUUUGAUGGGGAUUGCUUUUGACAAAAUGGCCAUUUUUACUAUAUUAAUCCUGCCAAUCCAUGAGCAUGGGGGGGGGGGUCUUUCCAUCUUCUGAGAUCUUCAAUUUCUUUCUUCAGAGACUUGACGUUCUUGUCAUACAGAUCUUUCACUUGCUUGGUUAGAGUUAUUUGGGACUAUUGUGAAGGGUGUCAUUUUUCUAUUUUCUUUCUCAGCCUGUUUAUCCUUUGAGUAGAGGAAGGCAACUGAUUUGUUUGAGUUAAUUUUAUAUCCAGCCACUUUGCUGAAGUUGUUUAUCAGGCUUAGUAGUUCACUGGUGGAAUUUUUGAGGUCACUAGUAUAUUAUCAUAUCUUCUGCAAAUAGUGAUAUUUUGAUGUCUUCCUUUCCAAUCUGUAUCUCCUUGACCUUUUGUUUUCUGAUUGCUCUGAUUAGGACUUCGAGUACUAUAUUGAAUAAGUAGGGAGAGAGUGGGCAGCCUUAUCUAGUCCCUGAUUUUAGUGGGAUUGCUUCAAGAUUCUCUCCAUUUAGUUUGAUGUUAGCUACUGGUUUGCUGUAUAUUGCUUUUACUAUGUUUAGGUAUGGGCCUUGAAUUCCUGAUCUUUCCAGGACUUUUAUCAUGAAGGGGUGUUGAAUUUUGUCAAAUGCUUUCUCAGCAUCUAAUGAAAUGAUCAUGUGGUUUUUAUCUUUGAGUUUGUUUAUAUAGUGGAUUACAUUAUAUUGAAUCAUCCUUGCAUCCAUGGGAUGAAGCCUACUUGAUCAUGAUGGAUAAUCCUUUUGAUGUGUUCUUGGAUUCAGUUUGCAAGAAUUUUAUUGAGUAUUUUUGCAUCAAUAUUCUUAAGGGAAAUUGGUCUGAAGUUUUCUUUCUUUGUUGGGUCUUUGUGUAGAUUAAGUAUAAAUGUAAUUGUGGCUUUAUAGAAGGAAUUACAUAGUGUUUCUUCUGUUCUAUUUUGUGGAAUAGUUUGAAGAGUAUUGGUAUUAGGUCUUCUUUGAAGGUCUGAUACGAAUUCUGUACUCCUGGGCCCUUUUUUUUUUUUUUUUCCUGGUUGGGAGACUUUUAAUGACUGUUUCAAUUUUUUUUUUUUUUUUUUAGGGGUUUUAUCUGAUUCUGAUUUAACUUUGGUACCUGGUAUCUGUCUAGAAAAUUGUCAUUUCAUCCAGAUUUUCCAGUUUUGUUAAGUGUUGGCUUUUGUAGUAGGAUCUGAUAAUUUUUUGAAUUUCCUCAGUUUCUGUUAUGUUUCUCUUUUCAUUUCUGAUUUUGUUAAUUUGGAUACUGUCCCUGUGCCUUCUGUUUAGUCUGGAUUUAUUUUUCUUGUUAAUUUUCUCAAAGAACCAGGUCCUGGUUUUGUUGAUUCUUUGUAUAGUUCUUUUUGUUUCUGUUUGGUUGAUUUUAGCUCCAAGUUUGAUUAUUUCCUGCCACCCACUCCUCUUGGGUGAAUUUGCUUCUUUUUUGUUCUAGAGCUUUCAGGUGUGUUGUCAAGCUGUUAGCAUAUGCUCUCUCCAAUAUCUUUUUGAAGGCAUUCAGAGGUAUGAGUUUUCCUCUUAGCACUGCUUUCAUUGUAUCCCAUAAGUUUGGGUAUGUUGUACCUUCCUUUUUAUUAAAUUCUAAAACAUCUUUAAUUUCUUUAUUUCUUCCUUGACCAAGUUGUCAUUGAGUAGAGUGUUGUUCAACUUCCAUGUGUGUGUGGGCUUUCUGUUGUUUUUGUUGUUAUUGGAGACCAGCCUUAGUGAUCUGGUGAUCUGAUAGGAUGCAUGGAAUUAUUUCAAUCUUCUUGUAUCUGUUGAGGUCUGUUUUGUGACCAAUUAUAUGGUCAGUUUUUGAGAAGGUACCAUAAGGUGCUGAGAAGAAGGUAUAUUCUUUUGUUUUAGGAUAAAAUGUUCUAUAGAUAUCUAUUAAAUCCAUUUGGUUCAUAACUUAUGUUUGUUUCACUGUGUCUCUGUUUAGUUUCUGUUUUUAUGAUCUGUCCAUUGAUGAGAGUGGUGUGUUGAAGUAUCCUACUAUUAUUGUGUGUGGUACAAUGUAUGCUUUGAGCUUUAGUAAAGUUUCUUUUAUGAAUGUGGGUGCCCUUGCAUUUGGAGCAUAGAUGUUCAGAGUUGAGGGUUCAUCUUAGUAGAUUUUUCCUUUUAUGAGUAUGAAGUGUCCUUCCUUAUCUUUUUUUUGAUAACUUUUGGUUGAAAGUCAAUUUUAUUUGAUACUAUAAUGGUUACUCCAGCUUGUUUCUUGGGACUAUUUGCUUGGAAAAAAAUUUUCCCAGCCUUUUACUCUUAGGUAGUGUCUGUCUUUGUUACUGAGGUGUGUUUCCUGUAUGUAGCAAAAUUCUAGGUCCUGAUUAUGUGUCCAACCUCUUAAUCUAUGUCUUUUUAUUGGCGAAUUGAGUCCAUUGAUGUUAAGAGAUAUUAAGGAAUAGUGAUUGUUUUCUGUUAUUUUUGUUCUUAGAGGUAGAAUUCAAUUUGUGUAGCUAUCUUCUUUUGGGUUUGUUGCAAAAAGAUUACUUUCUUGCUUUUUCUAGGAUGUAGUUUCCCUCCUUGUGUUGAAGUUUUCCACCUAUUAUCCUUUGUAGGGCUGGAUUUAUGGAAAGAUAUUGUGUAUAUUUGGUUUUGUCAUGGAAUAUCUUGGUUUCUCCAUCUAUGUUAAUUGAGAGUAUAUAGUAGUUAAUUGAGAGCUGGAUGUAGUAGCCUGGGCUGGCAUGUGUUCUCUCAGGGUCUGUAUGACAUCUGUCCAGCAUCUUCUAGCUUUCAUAGUCUCCUUGAGAAGUCUGGUAUAAUUCUGAUUGUUCUGUCUUUAUAUGUUACUUGACCUUUUUCCCUUACUGCUUUUAAUAUUCUUUCUUUGUUUUGUGUAUUUGGUGUUUUGACUAUUAUGUGAUGGGAGGAAUUUCUUUUCUGGUUCAAUCUGUUUGGAGUUCUGUAGGCUUCUUGUAUGUUCAUAGGCAUCUCUUUCUUUAGGUUAGGGAAGUUUUCUUCUAUAAUUUUGUUAAAGAUAUUUACUGGCCCUUUGUGUUGGGAAUCUUUGUUCUCUCUAUACCUAUUAUCCUUAGGAUUGAUCUCAUUGUGUCCUGGAUUUCCGGGAUGUUUUAGUUUAGGGGCUUUUUGCUUUGCAUUUUCUUUGACUAUUGUGUCGAUGUUUUCUAUGGUAUCUUCUGCCCCUGAGAUUCUCUUUUCAGUCUCUUAUAUUCUGUUGGUGAUGCUUGCAUCUGUGACUCCUGAUCUCUUUCCUAGAUUUUUUAUCUCAAGGGUUGUCUCCUUUUGUGAUUUCUUUAUUGUUUCUAUUUCCAUUUUUAGAUCCUGAAUGGUUUUGUUUAAUUCCUUCACCUGUUUGGUUGUGUUUCCCUAUAAUUCUUUAAGGGAUUUUUGUGUUUCCUCUUUAAGGGCUUUUACUUGUUAACCUGUGUUGUCCUGUAUUUCUUUAAGGGAGUUAUUUAUGUCCUUCUUAAAGUCCUCUAUCAUCAUGAGUUGUGAUUUUAAAUCCAAAUCUUGCUUUUCUGGUGCAUUGGGAUAUCCAGCAUUUGCUUUGGUGGGAGAACUGGAUUCUGAUGAUGCCAAGUAGUCUUAGUGUCUGUCGGUUAGGUUCUUGUGUUUGCCUCUUGCCAUCUGGUUAUCUCUGAUGUUAGUUGGUCUUAGCUGUCUGUGACUGGAGCUUGUCCCUCCUGUGGGCCUGAGGGCCUGUGAGCCUGUGAUCUUAGGAGGGAGAGCACUCCUGGCAGACCAGCUCUCUUCAGGCAGGUUUUGUGUCUGAGGGUUGUGGGACAGCCCCAGCUCUGGGCACAGAUGGAACUUAUUGUGGGUUUUUUUUUUUUUUUUUUUUUUUAAAGAAAGGGUUUCUCUGUGUAGUCCUGGCUGGCCUGGAAUGUUGUAGUCCAGGGUGGCCUUGGACUUGGAGAUCUGCCAUCUUCUGCCUCCCAAGUGCUAGGAUUAAAGGUGAGUACUGCCAUGCCUGGCUUAAUGUUUUAAUAUUUUGAUAUUCCCUUUGAAAAUAUAUUCCCUUUGAUAUUCUUAAGAAUGUGGGCUUAGGCACUCAUAUCUCUGGGUCUGAAGCUAGCCUGGUCUACAGAGUGAGUUCCAGGAUGGACAGGGCUGCACAGAGAAACCCUGUCUUGAGAAUCCCAAACAAAAAAUGUAUGGACUUAACACUAGUGGCUUGUUCAGUUUUUUCUCUUCAGUGUCUUGGAUAUCACAUUUAUAUUAGAGCAGUAGUUCUCAACCUUCCCAAUGCUGUGACCCUUUAAUAUUGUUCCUCAUGUUGUGGUGACCCCCCUAUCCCCACCAUAACAUUAUUUUCAUUGCUACCUUAUAACUGUAAUUUUGCUGCUUUUAUGAAUCAUAAUGUAAAUAUCUGUUAUUCAGAAUUCUGAUAUGCAAACCCUGUGAAAAGGUCAUUCAACUCCCAAAAAGGGGUUGUAACCCACAAGUUGAGAAUCACUGUUAAAAUACCCCAAACUUGGGGUAUUUUUUUUUCUUUUCUUUUUUUUUUUGGAGCUGGGGACCGAACCCAGGGCCUUGCGCUUGCUAGGCAAGCACUCUACCACUGAGCUAAAUCCCCAACCCCCAAACUUGGGGUAUUAUAAAUUAAGUUUCUAAUUGUUCACUGCUAUGCUGUACACUAAGUCUAACUAAUUUCAUGUUAAAACAAAACCCUAAAGUAGAGUAGAAUAUUACUCUUCUAUGGGUCUUGACGAAUGUAAUAAAGGAAUGCUUACUGCAUUUCCAAUUUGUUCCUUUCAUUUCUUGUGAUGGUAAAUUGAGAGGGGUGCUGUUCGGAGCUUUGCUACUAGCCUCACAGAUCUUCAGAGUACUUGAACUGUAGCUGGACCAGAGCUCCAUGUGCUGUAACUAGUUUACAUUCCAGAUCUUAAAGACUCAGCAUGUAAAGAAUGCAUUUAUCUCUAACACUUUUUAAAAUAUUGAUUGAAGGGGCUGGAACAAUGGCUUAGAGGCUAAGAGCACUGACUACUCUUCCAGAAAACCAGGUCUUAAUUUUAGGAACCACAUGGUAGGUCACAACUGUCAGUGACUCUGAUCCAAAGGAAUUUGUCUUAGUCAGGGUUUCAAUUCCUGCACAAACAUCAUGACCAAGAAACAAGUUGGGGAGGAAAAGGUUUAUUGGGCUUACACAUUCACAUUGCUGUUCAUCACCAAAGGAAGUCAGGACUGGAAUUCACACAGGGUAGGAAGCAGGAGCCGAUGCAGAGGCCUUGGAGAGAUGUUACUUACUGGCUUGCUUCCCCUGGAUUUGUUGUUGUAAAAAUAUAAAAAUAAAAAGGUAUAGUUGUCUUUUUUUGUUUUUUGUUUUUUUUGUUUUUUGUUUUCGUUUUUUUGGGUAUAGUUGUCUUUUACCCCGCUAGCUCUGGCACCAUAGUGUCCCAAGAUAUCUGCUGGAUAUCUUGGUGGAAACACAUCCCAGCCGCACACUUUCCUACACUCAAACCCUCACAUAAAAGAACACACAACACAAUAACCUUAGAUCCAAUUGAUAAGAUAUAAUUGCCCACUUAAACAUACAAAGCCCGGUACCAUCCAUCCCUUAGGAGCAUUGAUAACAACCUGUAAAUACACAGAGCACAAUUUUAACAUCAGCUGCCAUGGCUUCUCACCCUCUCUCUAUCUCCUCUCUCCUGUCUCUUCCUCUCUGUUCUAGUCUCCUCCUCUUCUUCAAACUUCUCUCCCGCCCAUCCUUCCUUCUCCUCCAAUGACAGGCCUCCUUCUAUCCUGUACCUACCCCUCACCUGUACUUUACAAAUUCAAUGGGGAAAAGGUUCUGGUGAAGUCACCUGAUUCCUGAGUACAUGACUAGGCAGCUGUCCUUGGGGCAGUGGAAUUAGCAUCAAAAUACAGAUAAGUUCAGGGCAAACCACAACGUGGCUUGCUCAGCUUGCUCUCUUAUAGAACCCAAGACUACUCACAAUGGGCCAGGUCCUCCCUGCUUGAUCACUAGUUGAGAAAAUGCCUUUAGUUGGAUCUCCUGGAGGCAUUUCCUCAACUUAGGUUCCUUUCUCUGUCAUAACUUCAGCUUGUGUCAAAUUGAUAUACAAAACCAGUCAGUACAGGAUUUGACACCUUCUUCUGGUCUUCUGUGCACCAGACAUGUACAUGAAACAGACAUUCAUGCAGACACAACACUUACACAGUUAAAAAAAAAAAAAAGAAAGAGAAAGAAAAGAGAUUAAAUGCCAACAUAGUAUUGUCUCACAUUUAUUGGGUUAAGUUGGCUUGCUUCUUUGUGCUUUUUGUUUCACUUGACAAACAGAAUUUAAAAUAGCUCAGAAUGUAUUUCUAUUAGCAAUAUGUCUAGGGGUUUGUUGAAAUUCAAACUAAACAUUACUUUCAUUGAACCAUUUGAAGAUAAAUUAUCUCAGUUUGUUCCAUUUCGAGACUUGAUAAAUUCCAGGAUUCCCCUUGCCAAUGAUAGUUUGUGACAACUUCCAGGGCUUUCUGUUCCAGAAACACCUUCCUGGAUGUUAUUUCCAAAGCUUUCAGUGCAGGCCACUUCUCCCUUUUUAAAAAGAGCACUCUCAGCAUGUUCAGUUGUGAAGACUUUGGAUACUUCUGUAUCCAAAGGGAGAAGGCCCAUUUGAGUUAAAGGAAACCCCUUCACUUUUCCAGCCAUGUAUGAUGUGGUUCUUUUACCCCCAUUUGUAAUUAGAAAUAUAUGGUUCAAGGUUCAAUACUUCUAUAUAUUGGGGAUCGUCUGUUCUCAAUCGCUUUCCUUAAUGGUUUUCUGAUUCUUUGAAGACUUUUUUCCUUGAUAAGCAGGCUGGAAGACCUUUUUCAUCCUGCUUUUGGGUAAAUUAUGGAAUUGUGUCAUCUUUCAGGACUGAACCACUGGUCCUGUUGAUGAAGCCUUGUCUAAUAGGGUAGAAAAGUGCAGCUUCUGAGACAAGAGACAUGGUGGCACUAGCAAGGUGAGUACUUAGUAAAGUGUACCCUUCAAUACACUCCCUUCAGUCUCUCCCUUCAGAUUAGAAAGAAACGACAGACCCUCAGUUGGGCAUGUGCUGUCUUCAAAAAAAACAAAACAAAACAAAAAAACCCCCAAAAACCAAAAAACCCAAAAAAACAAAAAAAACAAAAACAGUGUCCGUCAGACUGCUAUGACCUCGGGUUCCAGAAUACCAAGGUAACAUUCUUUUAAAGGCAUGCUCCCCUUUGGUUUGAAUCUGAGUUUAGAGUCAGUCUCCUUAUUGUCCAAGGGGAAGGAUAGCCAGGAGACAAGACACUUCUAACAAUGAGCUGGCUGGGACAUCAUUUCUCCAGGUGGUGUGAGGACAUUUCCUUGCUCAGUACACACAUACCACUCUUCUCACCCAUGCCCUCUGAAGAUGAGCAUUUAAUCUCCGACUUGAGGAGCCAUGUGCCAGCUUGUGUCGUGGUGAAGCAGCCAAUCCGUGGAGCCAGUGGCAGGACCACAGUCACAGCUAUUGUUCAGACUGGUGGGGACUGGAGCACCGGCCUCUUCAGUGUCUGCAGAGACAGGAAAAUCUGUUUCUGGGGUCUGUUUUGUCCCAUGUGUCUUGAGUGUGACAUUGCCAGGCAUUAUGGAGAGUGUCUCUGUUGGCCACUGUUACCAGGGUCCUCCUUUGCACUGAGAAUUGGCACCAGAGAAAGACAUAAGAUACAGGGGACCCUCUGUGAAGACUGGGUGGUGGUGCAUUGCUGCUGGCCUUUCUCCAUCUGUCAGGUGGCCCGAGAACUUAAGAUGAGAACCUCUCAACUCUACGAAAUCUGUGAAGUCCCCGAACUCAAGGACACCCUGGUCUGAUAGUUCCUCCUCUCCCCCUCACUCUCCUACACCUUCCUCCCAAAGUCGUCUCAAAAAGAUUGUUCUUUUGUUUGUUUUGUUUUCCAUAAGUUUUCACUGGACUAGGAGAAUAAAUGAUUUGCUCACUAGUGUA